AAUUUCUUUCACUUUCUCUCCCUAACUUUCUUGCUCCAGUCUCCAUAACCCUAUAUCUAUGUUCAUGUGAAGUUAUAUUUUUUAGGAGCACCCAAUUGAAGCAUAAAUGGAUAUCAUUACCAACUCAAUGAGUAGCGUGCAACAAAGGACUCCAACCAAAAGAAGCAAGCCCAAGAAUAACAAGAACAAGAACAAGCCCAUCAAGGUGGUGUACAUAUCCAACCCUAUGAAGGUAAAGACCAGUGCCUCAGAAUUCAGGGCCUUGGUGCAAAAGCUCACCGGCCGGGAUGCCGAAUCGCCGCCGGAUCCUUCAAGAUACGGCGGAGGAAACGGUGGCGGUGAUAGUGGCUACAUGGUUGACUCUGAUGAGGGUUGUGUCAAGAAGACUGUUCAUGGUGAAAAUGAUCAUACACUCGUGAUGCCUCCACAAGUGGAACCUAGUAAUGUUCAAGGACAAAAACGUAAUGGAGUUUCAACAAUGGAGAAUUUUGAGCCAUUCGAUGAUGUUUUCACGGCUCAGAUGAUAGAGAACGUUUCAGCUUUCCUGCCAGAUAGUGUGUUCUAUGAAUGUGCCCAAGUUGAUCAUCAGAUGUUGAUGCAGUGCUGAAGCAGUGACAAAGUUGAACAUUUCUUUUGUAGUUGAAAGGAAAUAUGUAAGGAUAAAAGUCUAUGCACAAGAAUUGCUCUUAUCCUGCAGAGUGUGUUAAGAAGUGCAAGCUUGGGGAGUAAUUUUUUAUUGUUUUUUAAUUUAAUGGGAAGUGAUUUUUAAGAAGUGCAAGCUUGUUGUUCUCUUUAGUCAAUAUGAGGCGAGAUAUCUAUAUUGCUUGUCCUUAAAUAUCAAAUUACUUUA